GAGGCACCCGGGACCCCUCCUCCUCUUCCCUCCUCCUCCUCUUCUCCCGGCCCUCCCCUCCCAUGGCGGCUCGGCUCCCUCUGCCGUCUGCCGGGCCCCUCUGAACUAUCCUCAACACACAACACAACACACAACAACAACAGCAGCAGCAGGAGCAGCUUCCCACCAUCUCCCCUCCCCACCUCCAUCAGUCGAGCUCGGGCCGCCGAGAAACGGUGUGGGGUAGGUGGGUGGGUGGUGGUGCUGGUGGUGGUGGUGCUCCUGGUGGAGGUGCUCCUGGUGGAGGUGAUCGGUGGUCAAGGCGGAGGAACAGCAAGAAGAAGAGGAAGAGGUGGUGGUGGUGGUGGAGUAGAAGAAUCCUCGCAGCUCGGGCUGGAAGGAGGUGGAAGUGGAGCGGUGCAGGAGGAUUCCUGCCGAGGUUUAUCAUGGAGCAUUUUUUGUUCAUGACGAUGCUGGGAUACAUAGUCAUCUCAAGGUUGCACGUUCAGGCUGAACCCAACACAACCGAUACGGUAAUGGUCCAUUCCGUUGCCACCCAAAUAUCUCGACUGACCUCCACUGCGAGUGUGGUCGAAACACACACAACUCGCCACAACGUCAUCUCCGACAGCACGACAGCCACGCAGCCUCUCACCACUGCUCCUGGUCCCGACAGUAACUCAAUAACAGCGGCACAUAUUUCAACUGCACGGUCUCCCUUUACAUCCUUGGCACCUGGACCACAUUUGACUGGUGGGGCGACACAAUUAACCACAACAGGAGCAAAGGCAUCUACGCUAAUGCCAACCAAUGGGUCGGCAGUAGAUAACUCAUCAGUGCCGACAGCAGCAAGUGGCAUGACCACUGCUGUGCCAAGCAAGACACCUGGUGCGACAAACCCAACCACACCUGUAGUGACUUCCAAGGUACACACAACAAGGACAGCAACAGACAACAGGACAGAUGCAAUCAAUGUAACAACCUCUACGCCUCGGCACUACUUUAAUAUAGUCACGAAGAAAGACUACCUGUCACAAACAACACCUGCAGAUACGACUACAACGUCAACACCAAUAUCACCAUCUUCUGAUAGUAGAGAUUCAAUCAUCAUGGCAGCCUGUGUAGCUCUGGCCUGCAUUUUGGUAAUUGGAGUAUUCAUCAUUGUCCUCUACAUGUUGAGAUUUCGUAAGUACAAACACAAUGGAACCAACUCGCUUCGGCUGGCCAAUGGCAGAGGAGAGGACGCAGAGAUGCAAAGUAUGCCAUUGCUGGCGCGUAGCCCAAGCACCAACCGCAAGUAUCCACCGCUUGCAGUGGAUCGUUUGGAAGAAGAAUUUAAUCGCCGAAGCGCAGAUGACAAUAAACUCUUCAGAGAAGAGUUCAAUUCUCUCCCAAGCUGUCCAAUUCAGGCAACCUGUGAAGCUGCCUCAAAAGAAGAGAACAAAGAAAAGAAUCGAUAUGUAAAUAUCCUGCCAUAUGAUAACUUCAGAGUCCACCUGACAUCAUUGGAGGGUGUUCCAGACUCUGAUUACAUCAAUGCUUCAUAUGUUAAUGGAUAUCAAGACAAGAACAAAUUUAUUGCAGCUCAGGGCCCAAAAGAGGAGACCCUAACUGACUACUGGCGGAUGAUCUGGGAACUGAACACUGCCACUAUCGUCAUGGUGACCAACCUGAAGGAAAGGAAGGAGUGCAAGUGUGCACAGUACUGGCCUGACCAAGGGUGUUGGACAUACGGCAACUUACGGGUGUCGGUGGAGGAUGUUACCGUGCUGGUCGAUUACACCAUCCGCAAGUUUCUCAUCCAAGUGGUGGGAGACAUUCCUAACAAGAAGCCUCCCAGGCUGAUCACCCAGUUCCACUUCACCAGCUGGCCAGACUUUGGAGUACCCUUUGCCCCCAUUGGCAUGCUGAAGUUCCUCAAGAAGGUUAAAACCUGCAACCCACCAUAUGCUGGGCCUAUUGUUGUGCACUGCAGCGCGGGCGUGGGCCGCACGGGGACCUUCAUCGUGAUCGACGCCAUGCUGGACAUGAUCCAGACGGAGCGCAAGGUGGAUGUGUUCGGCUUCGUGACACGCAUCCGCGCCCAGCGCUGCCAGAUGGUGCAGACGGACAUGCAGUAUGUGUUCAUCUACCAAGCCCUUCUGGAGUUCCAGCUGUACGGAGACACGGAGCUCGAGGUCACCUCGCUCGAGAGCCACCUGCAGAAGCUCUACAACAAGAACACUCCCUCUGGCUGCACAGGCUUGGAGGAUGAGUUCAAGAAACUAACGACUGUGAAGAUUCAGAAUGAAAAGAUGCGCACUGGCAAUCUCCCAGCCAACAUGAAGAAAAACAGGGUGCUUCAAAUCAUUCCUUAUGAUUUUAAUCGCGUUAUUAUACCUAUGAAGCGAGGAGAGGAAUUCACCGAUUACAUCAACGGAUCUUUUAUUGACGGCUAUCGGCAAAAAGAUGCAUUUUUAGCUGGCCAAGGUCCCUUGCAGCAAACGGUUGAGGAUUUCUGGCGGAUGGUGUGGGAGUGGCGAUCCUGUUCCAUCGUCAUGCUGACCGAGUUGGAGGAGAGGGGCCAGGAGAAAUGUGCCCGGUACUGGCCCACGGAAGGCACGAUCACAUACGGCGACAUCAUCAUCGAGCUAAAGCAGGAGAAUUCGCACGACAGCUACACCGUGCGUGACUUCAGCGUGUCUAACACCCGGGAAAACAAGAGUCGACAGAUCCGUCAGUUCCAUUUCCAUGGCUGGCCGGAGAUUGGCAUUCCAGAAGAUGGCAAGGGCAUGAUCAGCCUCAUUGCUGCUGUACAGAAACAACAGCAGCAUACCGGCAACCAUCCCAUCACUGUGCACUGCAGUGCAGGCGCUGGUCGCACUGGCACAUUCUGUGCCCUGUGCACCAUCCUGGAGCGUGUGAAGACGGAAGGAAUUCUUGACGUAUUUCAGACGGUAAAGAGUCUACGAACACAGAGGCCCCACAUGGUGCAGACCUUGGAGCAGUACGAGUUUUGCUACAAGGUCGUACAAGAAUAUAUUGAAGCAUUCUCUGACUACGCCAACUUCAAGUAAAGCAAAAUGUGUAUAAAAAAGCCCAUUCCGAGAGUGGAAGAGCUUGGCUGUAGCUUGAUAUAAAAUUGCAUUGAUUUCGAUUAAAGCCGCAGUCGAUUCUCCACAAACUGAUUCCUCCCCCCCCCCUACAUUCCAGGUCUUAAUAAAAAUGCUUUACAAACCACGGUGUAUGCUUGCAAAUGCAGUAAAGAAAUUGCAAUACAAUGUAUUCAUUCCAAAUAGAAGGCAAUGGUCAUUGUUUGAGGCUUCAGUAAAUUAGCCGCAAUUCCAGUAGCCUUAUUGCAUGGAAAGUUUGAAAGCGUACCGUGUUGAAGGCUCAACAAAGCUACAGACAUAUCUUUUGUGACCAAAAUUAAAAUAAUUUGCAUUGCACAGGGUCGACCAUUCAUAUUUGAAAAAAAGGUCUUUUGAAACUUAGUCAUAUGGAAGCAAUGCCUUAGAGGCCUUCAACUAUAUUCCAAUCUCUCAAUUUCCUCUCUGGAGACAUUGAGAGUUGUAUAUACAUCACAUUGCCUUUUUAUAUGUUCUCUUUCGUAACUGAAACACGUAUGUAAUGUUAUGAAGCAAGUGCAUUGUCUUAAUAAAUGCACUCAAUUGAAAAAUAUUCAAUCAGCCUCUAGAAUAUGUAGCAUGUAAUGUGACAUUUUCAGUUACCAUUAUUUAAACAUCGAUUACAAAUGUAUUAUUUCUGUUCACUUAUUGUUUUUAUAUAAUAAAGAUCGAACAUUUGGAAUGGGGGGAGCAGUGGCGCAGUGAUUAAUGUAUUUCACUCUGAACCUGGUGACCUGAGUUCAAUUCCAGACCACAGCAAACAUCUGUGGCCAGUUAUAUCAGAACCAGUCCUGCCCCCCCCCCCAUCACUAAUCUAUGAUCAAACAACCCCCAAGACCGACGUGGCUCGAAGGAUUGUAAAUUAUUCUUACAUUUUCUCCCAAUUAUAUAAAACAGUUAUAAUUGGAAUGCAAUGUGGUUGAUUCCGGUAGUCUGAGGGUUCCAGCACCACAACACUGACCAUACGGCUAAUAGUCCCUUUCACACCUUAAAAGCUUCCUACAGCACAGCUGAAGACAUUUAUUAGAACGAAAUGGGGAUGCACCCUCCUUUGUAGGGAAUGAACCCCUUGGAUCUUUCACUCCACACCGUGUCGCUGAGAAAAUUGCCCAUGUCACAUAACGUGACGCAUUGGAACAAAAAAAAUGCAACUAAUCUGACCUUAUUUCUCUCUUUGAAUUAGUCUGUUCCUUACCAAUUUUUUUCAAAUCCUGUACGGUAAGCGUAUCUUUUUUUUCAGUAAAAAUGUCAUUUAUGCCCCGAAGUAAUAUACUACAUGCAGAUAAUAACUUUCCUUUAACUUACAGCAGUGAAGUGGUAACGUAGUGUUUUGUGCACUGCAAUGAACUGUAUUCGAUUGAUGGCCAGUUAAGAGUGAUGUUUGAACUGGUCCUGGGCUUCCUCACUUUUGUCGAAAACCCCGUCACCAAUGUCGGUAGCGUUGAGGACUUUUCCUCGCGGUGGAUUAAGAAAGGGGCUGUAAUUCUUUCAUUGGGGUAACCACAGUUUUUGAAAUAAAUAAAAAUAGAUCUGCCCCAUAACUCCCAGUGGCACAUUGUGUGGCAGGCUAUACGCAUGACCCAUGUUCUCGUGCACACUGACUUUGAACAGUAUCAUUACCGUCAAUGCAUGUUAUAUGAUUAUGCUUUAUAGUUGCUGGAUAUGGCUCAACACGAAUACAAUUGGAGUCGAGAGAUCGUGUGCAGUUAACUAAGAGCUAUGUUAUAAUUUGUUACACUAAUGUCAAAAAUGAACGUUUACAACAUUGCCCCUUUUUACCAACUUUUUAGUCAAAGAGAUUGAAAUUGUAUAGUAUGCUAUAAUCACGUUGGUUACAUUUAUUUGUAAAUAAUUGCUGUUUAUGCUGCCAUUUUAAGCGGUUCCUCAAUGUUGGUGGGAUAUUUUGCUACGCGCUUGUAAUUUGCUUCAAACGUCACUUGGAUAUCUCAUUUUUAUGUGUACAUGUGUUUUGGGAAAUGCCUAUGUGAGACAUGUAAAACUUUAAGCAAAUUGAAUGCUUCUUUAUGAUGAAAAUUUAAAUUGGUUUAAUUAAUAUUCUUGUCUUAGUCGUGACCGAUUUUAACAGCAAGUAUUGUACAAAAGGAAGUGUGGGGAUGAUGCUCUUUGGGCAUUGACAAUCCACGAGGUACCGUGAGCACAAAUUUGUAAUUGUUAAACAUUGGUUGCUUUUUUUAUUGCCAAACAGCUGUUGAUUUGAAUUUUAUAAAAAUGAAUGUGACACUCGCUAACUCUAAAGUGGUUCUAUUUGUGACUUUUGAACAUUUUGUUAUUUUUUUUAGAGCAUGAAGCCAAAAAACCCAGUUCGUAAUAACUUGUUAAAACCAUGCAAGUAACAUGUCGAUUCUUGUGUAGUUUUGUAAAUGUUAACAUUUGAUUCUUGCCAGCAUGCACUUGUAUGGUCAGCUAUUGUUGCCUAUGAGCGAAGUGUAUCAAUACAAUCAAUUCAGGGCUAUGCUUCAUUCCAUGGGUAUGUGGGACAUUUUUAAACCAAUAUAGAGGCCAUGUGAAUAAUUGGUAAAUGCUAAUUAUGCUUUUCUAAGUACAAACGGUAUGCUAACACAUGGCUUUGUAUACGUUACCUUGUUAUUCAGGUCAAUAUUACCCUCGUGGUAAAGAUUUGUACCCAGCGGGUUACCAUUCAGGGCACUGGGAAAGAGAGGACCCUAUUGCACCCUCUGGGUAUAGUAUUUCUAUCUGGAAGGUAAUAGUAAGUAAAUGCAUAAGUUGCGUACUAUGGCAUUGUGUUCUUCUUACAAGAGUGUUAAUUUUAAUAUUUUCACGUAUUUAUUUUCUUUUUUUUAGGAGUUUAAUAUUAAUACCUUUUGUUAUUUCUAAAUGGAUGUUUCACAGACCCCUAAAAUAAAGUAUUAAUCAAUGUGAACCUACUAAUGACAUGCCGUUUACCUGAUUAAACCAUCUCUGACCACUAUUUGUUAUUCUGUAAAGAGCAUUCCUUAUUCACGUUUGGUAUUGCAGCUCUUGUGUUGUUUUAAUUUUGCACGAUUGCUGAGGCGGAGGCCCAGAGGCCCAAAACUCCAAGCAACCAGCAACAAAUAGCACGAUUGAAGGUGUAAUAGACAAGUAAAUGUUUUCAUUAAUUGAGCAAGGUUACAGUAACUUUGGAAAAUAGCCAAUGGAAGGGAAUUCUAAAGUGCAGUGUGGGAAAAGGAACAAAUACAAAUGUUGGGACCUGCAGUGGGGUGAGUGAACACUAUAUGGAAGAGAGGAAAGUCAGUCUAGUUGCCCAAGCAUUCAACUUGGAUAGAGGGAUAAUUUCAUGGAAACCGUAACCAUAGCAAUAGCAUCACAAGUGUAAUACAAUGAUCCAUUGCAUUGAAUUGCUUAGGACUAUACAGGGUGGUAUGUCCCAAGAUAGAUAACACGGAGAGCUGGACUAUGGUCAGUGUUGAAGAAUUAUUAUACGUCUACUGCUUCAUAUUGGGAAUGAUCAAAGGCGUCUCUUAAAAGUGAACAAUCUCAUUGUGUCCGCACAAUUAGCUUCUAUAAUCUUAAUUCGAUUGUAAUAGUUUGAGCACAGUUAUUUUGUCAAAAUUAUACCUACAAGUUAUAACCAUCAGAUCAAAAGCAAACCUAAGAUCUAUCGUUUGCAGUUUUUUUUUUCCCGAUUGUAGUACAAUGUGCAAUUUAAUGUAAUCAUUUUUUCAUUAUUUUCCUCAGUGUAGCAGACUGGAUUUCAAUAGAUUUCUUAUGAAGUGCAUGGAAAACUCGAUCAUUCGUUUAAAACUUUAUGCCUCGAGAUGUAUGCAGGGCACACUUUAAAUUCAGAUCAGUCUCCAUGUUCUCACACUGCAUUCUUUACCGAGUUUAAAUUGGGUUAUCUGAUUUAAAUCCGCCUCUACUCAAUUUUGUGCUAACACGUCUGCUCCUUGUUUAGUAUAACCAUGCAAUCAUGCAACGGGCAUACGUGUACAGCUAUGUUAUAAUAUAUACGUUAAUAAUCGUGUACAUGACGUGUACAUUUCUAAAUCAUAAUAACCGUAUCAGUACGAGCACUGAUACUGGUUUGGGUGUUUUGAACGGUAUCACAACAAAGACAUAAAAUGCGUUAAGCAAACCUCACAAUAAUACAGGAUUAUUAUGGAUAUGCGUACCUUGCAACUCGUGGUAGUUAGUGCCUUACGCCGACAAUUCUUACUUCUCAGCCAGCUUUAACAGCGUUCUGGAAAAUAUCGUAUGAUCAAUGAAACCCUUGCGUAUGCGUUUAAAAUAGUUUUGCUUUGGUGUUCAGGUGUGACGCAUAACGUAAGAUGUGCUCACAAUGUCACCAUCACGCUACUUUGUCGUCGUCACGUCCGUCUUUGGUCGAUGGCGAUCCGAAGACGCUAUCGAUUUUGGUUUUGCAAUUCUCUGUCCCGCGACAACUCUUCCUCACCUCUGCUUUCAACCCGUGCCCUGCCCAUGUCUCUCUGCGGCGGCGGCGGUGGCUAUAAAUACAGCAAUGUGAUGCACAGGGCAAGCUCCAUUGCUGGCGGCCACCACCUUCAGACACCACCUGUAGCUUUAUACAACAAGUCGGCCAACAUUAUUACUCUUUUUUGCUGAUAAGGAUGGAACGCGUGUCGCUGUCCCUGGUGCUGAUCCUGUGGCUGCUGACGGCCCCGCCGGCAUCGCUGGGGCAGCAUUGGUCGCACGGUUGGUUCCCCGGGGGCAAACGGGGCGUUCAGGAGCCGCCCCGACCCUCCUACGAGAGCGUCAGACCGUCGGAUGCUUCCCCCUUCACUCCUGUGCUCAGCAGAGCAGGCGCCGAAUGCCCUGUCAUCGCUGACACCGACUACCCACGCAUACACCUUUUGCGCGACGUGCUGGUGGAGUUAAUGGAAAGAAAUUCACAGAAGAGAAUAUUUCAUCGGAAUGAAAUGCGAAGAAAUGUUGGUUAGGAAACGGAUAUCCAUGGCCAGGACGUAUUGCGAGCUUGUAUUCGUGCAUAUAGUUGCUACUUAAUUUGAUUUCUCACAGCUUUAUAUGCUGUAAUAUAUAACGUAUCACAAACGUACGCUUAAUUAUACGUAAAAUUAUACCUGAUUAAACUUCGUUGUACCUGUAUAGUUAAACUGUGUAAGCCAUGCUCCACGUUGUAUACUAAACAUGAUCAGUAACUCCCGUUGGAACUUAUUUAAAAUAUUUAUUGAUAUAUUACAAUAUGAUAAUCAAUCUAAAAUUGUGUUAUCAGGUUAGUUGUUAUCUAAGCUUUUUAUUUUAUUGAAUGUUUAUUGUGCAAUAUGGAUAUUGUAGUAUUCUGCGUAAGCAAGUUAAUUACUCUUUUCAGCAAAACAUUUCAUUUUUCACAAGACAUAUUCAUUGCAUUAUAGCCUCCAUUUGAGUAUAAUUAUAUGUAUCCUUUAUUAGUUUUAUAUUCUGCAGUGUUUGUUUUUAAUUAGGCCAAUUGCUCACUGUGGUCAAUUGCCAUGCCGUUCAAACUUCCAAUACUAUCGUCCCAUUACCAGCUUUGGUGCUCAGAUGCAAGUCUGGGAUAAUGAUCAUCAUGGCUCUGAAUAUUGGACACUCAAGAAAUUCGUGACAUAGCUGAUGAGUAAAAAUGACAUUAAGAGAUUCUCUCCUACCACUGGAUUGCUUCCAAUAGCAUAAUAAGGGUAACUAGUAAGAAGGAGAUGAAUAAUUAUAGUAUCCACAAUGCGAAUGAUUCGGUCUAUCAUAUUGUACAGCCUUGAUUUUAGGGAAAAUUCGCAAUGGAAAAAAGAUGUAUCAUGCUAGAAACACAUUCCUGCGGAAGGAGCUGAUAGGAACGUUUGGUUGCUCGGUCAAUGGCCAGGGUCAACGGCGGCGUGGUGUAUUGCGCAAAUAUGCCCGACUGUGAGGGCGGGCACAAGCCGGCGUGAGUAGG